GUUCUCACGCGUACGCAGCAUCCGCCGCGCAAAUACUCGGCUCAAUAGCGCGCCGAAAUACUCGAAAAUAGCGCGCAUCUACGAAUAUGCGCACAUUAUACAAUAUUUAUCCGGAUAUGUAAAGUCGUUGUUCGGUUGUUUCGUGUUUUAAAGUGAAACAGUGUCUAAUAAAAUACUGAACUAUAACAGAGGUGUUAAGGAUUACUAAAUAAAAUGUACAAACACGCAUACGAAACCAGCUAUUGAGCUUUAUGACAAAGAGAAUAUCGAGUUUUAACCAAUAAAAUGAAGAAACAAGCUGUGGCCCAGAAUGCACUGUUUUGCUGCACGGCAUCGCUUGGAAAAAUAGAAGAAACGGCAGACCAAUUUGCGAGGUCAUGUCAUGGGAAUAUUUCGCCACUGCUCUGGCGAGUACCCAAUCUAAUAUGGGCCCUCUGCAUAACUUUUAUCUCGGUGACCUCGUUUUGGGGGCCUACAGAGAUGUUCCUACUGUACAUGACGCAUUGGGGCUUGAUGUUUAUAAUAAUUGAAUCUAUCUUUGGAAUCGUGGUAGCGGUCAUGGAACGCAAUGAAAAGUCUGACGCAACCUUCGGUUUGCCGUGGUACGUGAAGGUAUAUUGGGUGCUGUACAAUAUUACCAUUCCCGUCGCGUUCCUGAUCACCGUCUUCUACUGGGGCGUUUUAAGAACUUCUGGCAAGAUAGUGAAUUACGCCCCCAACCCGGUGAUUGACAUAAUGCUGCACGGUGUCAACUCGUUGGUGAUGUUAGUGGAGUUAGUCUUCUCUGCGCACCCCAGUCGCCUGCUCCACGUCAUGCAGCCUCUCUACUUUGCUGGAGUUUAUCUGCUUUUUACUAUUAUUUAUUUCUUCGCUGGAGGACAAGACCCACUGGGAAAUCACUAUAUAUACCCAACCCUGGACUGGAAACUUCCGGGACAAACAGCUAUAAUGGCAGUAGUAGCAGCAGUGUCUUUGAUCGUGGUUUAUUUAUUAGUGGUAGCUCUAGGGGCAAUAAGAGACGCUCUUACAGGAAACUUCGCAAUGCGAUCUGAAACUAUGCAUGUAUCAACCGAGCCCUAUUAAGGAACUUGAUAGUCCGAGGGUCGUAUUCCAGAACUGUACUCAAUGCUCAAAUCUGUACUUGAGUAUGGUUUUAACCACUCGAAAUCAUACUUAAGUCCCUGCCAUUAGGGUCGUAUUUCCAGUGCUUGAAAUCACACUCAGAUCCUGACUUGAGCAUUGAGUAGAGUUCUGGAAUACGGCCCUGAGAAAGAAUUUGAAAUGCCAGUCUUAAAUGAUAAUAAGUAAUCGUAUACAGGAUUAUUAGCAAAAUACGAAUAGCAUCGCAGAACUUAUUACUAAUAUCAUAAAUACCCAGACAAAAUAACCAACUUUUGUUCCACAACUUUUUACAAAACAAUAAAUUUACCAAAAAU